CGAGUCUGAGCCGCCGCCCACAGUGUCAUUUAGUGUCUGUAGCCUUGGCUGGUAUUCUGGUUCCCGCUCUAGCACAAACGCACCACCUGUGUUAGGACUCGGAGUCCCUGAAUGCUUUGGGGAUUGGGAGUGCCAUGGCCCCCCCACCUGGCCCUCCAUGGUCCCUCCAGCUUCAGCUUUUUCUCCUGGGGAUGACUACCCUCGUGUCUGUUUCCCAAGGAGCCCAGCUGGAGGUGCACAUGGGGUCUCCCAGGGUGGAAGCAGUGGAAGGGGCUGAGGUGGUGCUCCCCGCAUGGUACACGCUGAACAGGAUGGUGUUCUCUCCGAAGCCUGAGCCCCCCCCUUACGUGCUAUGGUUCCUGGAACAAAGUGGGAAGGAAAUGGUGCAGGUGCUGUCCUAUCUUGAUGGAGAGAUAUUAAAUGAAACCCGUAUAUCCCUAGUACACACCAUGCCCUCCAGAAACAUAUCCCUGAGACUAGUCCAGCUUCAAGAGCAGGACUCUGGGCGAUACAAAUGCUCUGUGAAUGUCCGGGAUCAAGGAAAUAGUAUGUCAGGUGUUGGCAGCUUGGAACUUGAUGUUCUGGUGUCCCCAGCUGCCCCAUCAUGUCAUCUCCAUGGUGUUCCAAGAAUGGGGGCCAAUGUGACCCUGACCUGUCUGACCCCAAGAAGCAAACCAGCUGCCCAGUACAGUUGGGAGCGGCUUCCCCCACAGGCCCAGUUCUUCUUCUCACCUGCUGUAGAUAGCAUUCGUGGGUCUCUGUUCCUCACCAAUCUCUCAGCCUCCAUGUCCGGAGUCUAUGUCUGCAAAGCCAGCAACAAAGUGGGCAAUGCCCAGUGCAAUGUGACCCUAGAGGUAACUUCAGGGCAAAAGGCAGCAGUGGUAGCUGGAGCUGCAGUGGUCACCCUGGUGGUGCUGGUGCUGUUGGCUGUAUUGGUCCUCCUGUACUGUCACCGGGGAAAAAUGCAAGAAGAAUCAGCCAAUGACAUCAAGGAGGAUGCUGUUGCCCCCCGGACACUGCCCUGGCCUAAGGGUUCAGAUACCAUCUCCAAGAAUGGAACCCUUUCUUCUGUGACUUCAGCUCGUGCCCUCAGGCCAUCCCAUGGACCAACCCGACCUGUUGCACUGACCCCCACACCCAGUCUCUCUAGUCAGGCCCUGCCUUCCCCAGGGCUACCCAGGACAAACAGGACUCAUCCUCCCACAGCAUCGCCUGCCCUUGGAGGAGUAUCUUCUUCUGCUCUCAGUCGGAUGGGUGCUGUGCCAGUCAUGGUGCCUGCCCAGAGCCAGGCAGGCUCCCUGGUAUAAUUGCCCACCCUUAUCUUGACUGAGCUAUCCACUGGUUUGCCCUUUCUGCUGGCACCUCAAGAGUCAUUGCCUGUACUGGGAGUUAGGAUGUUUUAACAGCAACCGUACUCCAGACAUGUAGCCUCCUUCCCCAUCCCUUUUCAUCUCCUCCUCUUGGUCUGAACCUGUGAUCUCAUUGGUACAGGGAGCUUCCACUAUGGAAAUUCCCUCCUCUGAUGCAAAUAGACAACCCAUCUAAAACGUAGCAUUGUAUAGAGUUGGCUGGGGCCACUGAGAGGUCAAGUGACCUCCCCAAAGUCACUCACUUUCUGAUACAUAUCAGAAGCAGGACAUCAAUUCCUGUCAUCCCAAUUCCAAGGCUUGCCUUCUAUUGCUAAGAUACCUCUCUAAGAUACCCUGUUAUUUGGGGGAAAGCCUGUUUUCAAUAGGUCUCAUCAACAUUCAUUCAUAGAACUGGCCUCUAGGUGGUAGAAAGCAUUAGGGAAGUAAGUCUGGCCUCAGGAAGAAUUUAGACCUCACAUAUUACUCCAGAGUCCACCCCUCGGCCUGGUGACUGGAGCUGAACUGUUGCCAAGAUGGGCUUAGGAGGGGGACAGUGUGGUGGGGUUUAUCUUUGAUCACCCCACUUUCCCAAGAUCCUUCUGCUUAUAUCCUCCCUGUGAUCUAACCUCCGACUUCACUGCAUUAAUAACCUUUCUUGGUUGGAUUUUCAUGGGGGAGAAGGGGUUGUAAUUUUUACAAACUACUUUGAACUGACCUUUUUUAUGUAAAUGUCAAUAAAAAUAACUUUUAUUUGUA